CAACAAAAAAAAUGUCAUCAUCAACAUUACCACCACCACCACCAUCAACCUCGCAGCCGCUCUCCCUAGCAGCCGCCGCCUCCUUCCUCGCCGAAAAAGCCCGCUCCACCUCCCAACUAAUCGACAAGACCCUUCUUCCACCUCCAUCCAGACCCAUUACCGACCCUUGGAACCCCUACCCUUCCAACCCCUCCCUGACCAGGCUGACCAAGCUCUCAGCCAAGCUCCUCCAAUUCAACCAGCACGCCAACACGCUCGGUGACUGUCUGACCAGCGCGGCUAGUGCCGGCGUAGCUGACGAGCUGGCCAGCACGCUGGACAAGGCGCUGACGAGGUGUGAUCAGGGCGUGGAGGUGGUUAGCGGGCAGGUGGAGUGGCUGGGGAGGGACGACGUAGGUACGGAUGUGUUGCAGCUCAAUCAGCCGGGGACGGGGAAAGGGAAAACGGAGGUUGAUGGACAGGUGAUGGAGGAGUAUGCGGACUUGUUGAUUGCCUACUCAAGAUUGUUCAUCUUUGGGUCGCAGAUUGUCAUUUUGGACAAAAACGAGCAAGCGGAGUGGAUGGCUAAGGCGGAUGUUGACAAGAUGAUCAACAGGGCUGAAGAGUCGGCGAAAAAGGUGUUGCUUGGGAAGAGCAUCCUUAGGCAGCUGUAA